AUGGCGAUUAACGGAGAGAGACUCGAUGGUAAGACUGCUAUCGUCACAGGAGCCAAUGCCGGCAUUGGCAAGGAGACAGCUCGUGCUUUGGCAGCCAAAGGAGCCCGGGUCAUCCUAGCGUGCAGGGAUACCUCUAAAGCGGAAACUGCUGCAAAAGACAUCCGGGAAACUACCGGAAACGGAAAUGUAGUCGUGGAGGAGUUGAACUUGGCGUCUCUCGCCUCCGUCCGCAAGUUCGCCGCGAGAAUCAAGAAGAGAGAAACGAGCCUAGACGUUCUGAUAAACAAUGCAGCCGUGAGCGCUUGUCCCAAAUGGGUGACGGAAGACGGUUUUGAGAGACAGUUCGCCACGAACCACCUGGGUCACUUCCUCCUCACCAACCUGCUGCUGGACCUGCUCAAGAAGUCUGCUCCCAGCCGGGUCGUCAUCGUGUCCGCCGUCCUGUACAAGAGAGGGAAGAUCGACUUUGACGACAUCAAUUCCGAGAAGUCGUACAGUCCGCACGGAGCGUACUGUCAGUCCAAGUUAGCGAACGUGCUGUUCAUGAGAGAGUUGGCCAGGAGACUGGAAGGUACUGGUGUCACGGCCAACGCCCUGCACCCGGGAGUCGUGGACACUGAGCUGUCCCGUAACUUCUCCACCACGCUGGGCUGGAUCAUGCUGCUGCUCGGUCCCUUCUUCACGGCCUGGGUCUACCUGUUCGCCAAGACCGCCAAACAGGGCGCGGAGACCAGCGUACACCUGGCCGUGGACAAGGAACUGGAGACCACGUCUGGUGUCUACUUCAGUGACUGCAAGCCAAAUGAAUUAGCUCCUGUCGGUAAGGAUGACGCAACGGCCAAGAAACUCUGGCAGAUCAGUGAAGAAAUGGUCGGGCUUAGCGGCUAACCUACUGGAGGAUUGGGAUAGUUGAUGGACAUAUACACGUAUGAUAUACAUACGUGAGUGGAAAACCAAAGAAACCUGAUAUAAAAUAUGUAAGAAAGUGUUGCUACAU